AUGAGGGUGUUUCCUAGGUUCAAAUUUGUGUCAAGAGCAGUGCAUGAAGAACAAGAGAUGGAGCAUGAUGGGGAGAGAAACAAGUACCCUUUAACAGAAGCAAGUUUGUGCACGUCUCUAACGUUAACGGUUUGGAGAAAAUCCCUAGUAAUUAAUUGUAACGGAUUUACGGUGAUCGAUUCAUGUGGAAACUUGGUGUAUAGGGUUGACAAUUACAUCGUCCACCCCAACGAAGUCAUUCUUAUGGACGCUUCAGGAAACUCUGUCCUCACCAUGCGACGCCGUAGAAAGCUAGGAUUUGUGGAUAGCUGGUUUGUGUAUGAAGGGGAAAUGGGGAAGCAGAGUACGAGGAGGAGUAAAGUGGGUGAGUCAAGAGAGAGUCCAGUUUGUUGUGUGAGAAAGCGUGUGAAUAUUUUAGACGGCAAUCCCAAGGUUCAGGCAUACGUGUAUCGCGUGGCCUCGGAUUCAGAUAAACGACAAGCGGCGUUUACAGUUGAAGGUUCCUAUGCACAUAGGACGUGUAAGGUGUUGGAUGAUUGCAAGAGGGCCGUAGCUGAAAUCAAGAGAAAGCAGGCAAAUAGCAAAGACGUCUCUUUUGGGAUUGAGAUUUUUCAGUUAGUUGUUCAACCUGGUUUUGAUCCUGCCUUUGCCAUGGCACUCGUUUUACUACUGGAUCAAAUGUUUUCAUAAUAUUCUUCGUAGAGCACAUUUCCAGUUGUUAUAU